CACUCUUGACCAUCUCCAAUUUUCGAGGCCCUUCAAUGGGUGUUCCUUUUGAACUGGGAGAUUGAUAGUAAAACAUUCACACAAUCCAUGAUAGGAAGACCGGAAGCCACAUAGUCCCACAUCUUCGGUAUCGAGACAGUCAUCGUGUUGAAACUUUGUGUUGACUAAGCGUAGGCUCCAUAUAUCCUACACCAAACCUGACACAACAAUGCCCAUCAAGUGCAUCUGUGCAAGAUUCCUGGUCUCCAGAGAUCGUCAACGGCCAGCAAGGCUAGAGCGCCGGGCGAGGCCGGUUCCCAAAGAGAGGAGACAGCGACCACCCGGGCCCCUGGCGCGCAAUUCCGCAGAGGAGAUGCGUCACAAAGCGCGAAACACAACCCGCGCACACCUGAGGGAACUCCACCGUCGUGUCCAAGCUUCACCAUUGAGCUCUUUGUCCGAAUCCGACACAAAAGGUUUGGGCAUUGAUUGCGUCGAGCUCCCUCUCCGCAUAGAUGGACUCCUACCCGAUACGGAUGAAGCCAUAUACUUCGACCCCUGGCCCUUGAGGCGACUCGAGGCUCACCCCGUCGAUAUGACUGACCCAACUACCCGGGAAUCUGCCAGAACUAAGGAGAAGCUCUGGGCGCGCUUCGAUCGGAAAGGGACCGAUCAAGAUGGCUUUCUUAGUGCGGUUCUUGCGGACGAGUUCCUUGAAUACAUGCGUGUCGGCCCGCUGGGUCGCGAUACGUUGGAACAGUUCUCUCUCUGGACUGAGGGAAACUUGGAGGAAGGCAUGAUCCGAUCGCGGUACAUGGAUUUCGGCCUAUCAGCCGAUCCCGACGCUGGACCGGUGGCUUCGUCCACGCAGACCUUCAGGUUCGAGGAGGUGUGGUGUGCACGCCGGGGAUAUUCUCAGAUUAUGCUCAUCGUGACACACAAGAUUGAACCGGAGGAGAAGUUGCUUCGAACCGAAGUUCUCGCCCUCGUGGGGAUUAUGAGGACACGGCUAAGUCGAGCAACCUUGAAGGAGCAUACUAUCAUCCCGAUCAAUAUGAUAUCUUGCAUGAGACAGCGUAAAGCGCGGAUCUUGCAGGCACAUUUCGAUGGCGAAGACUUGGUGAUACGCAAGAGCGGCCUUUAUGACUUCUCGACACGAGACCUCCGCGAGAAGAACAUUCCACUGUUCCUGCUCUAUAUGGCAAGCAGACCUAUUGGGGACACGAAAGCCUACAAGAGACGAAUACGUGAAGUGUAGCUAUGGAC